AUGGUUAAUAAAGAUGAGAAAAAACAUCAAAAUCGAAAAUCGAAACCAACAAAUAUUAAAAAUGAAAUUUCAACUAUUGUAGCAGAUGAUUCUACAAAGCAGUCAGCAAAUACAAAUAAAUCGAGCGCUGUGGAUUUUCCGUCUACUGGGCAUAGACCAGUGACUUCAUGUUCACAUUGUAGACAACAUAAAAUUAAAUGCAAUGCAACAUUCAAAUAUCCUGACCCAUGUGAUAGAUGUUUAAGGGUGGGGCUAGAUUGUGAAAUUGAUCCACAGUUUAGGCCAAAGAAAGGAUCACAAUUACAAAAUUUAAGAAAUGACGUUAAUGAAUUGAUGUCUAAGAUAGAUUCUCUGAUUAAAAAUGAUCAACUGAUUCUUUCAUCGUUGAAUACUAAAUCUCCAGGAAUACUUUUAAAAGACAAUGGCAAUGCAAAGUAUAGUGCUACUGAUAACCCUGAUGAUAAUAAUAGUGGCAAUAUAAAUAUUAAUGAAACUUUUAAUGAUGAUGCUAAUCACAAACAGAAAACAAAGGAUUUAAAAAUAGCCGUACAAACAUAUUUAGUGAAGGAACCUCCUUUAAUGUCAACUAUUGAUUCUCCAAAUUCUAUUAAUAAUGACAACCAUAGUAGUAUUACCAGUCCAAUAAAUGGAAAGGGGAGUACUACUUCUAAUAAUUCAAGAUAUACAAUGGAGCACGAAUUUAAUGAUGGUUUGCAUCGUAAGGGAAAUGCAAAGUUCGAUAAUAUUAAGCAUGUAACAUCAACUACAAAUCCUGUACAGCCACUUUCUUCUCCUUAUGAGAGCAUUAAUGAAUUUGUACUUGGUGACGUAAAGUUAUCUUUGGAAAAGGCAAAUUAUUUACAUGAUAUAUUUACUGAAAGGUAUUUGCCAUUUUUCCCAAUUAUGAUUUCAGAUUCAGCAACAAAAUUGUGCAAUCAAUCGCAAUUAUUGUUCUGGACUGUCAUGCUUACAGCGAGUUUAUCGGAGCCAACACCCACAUUAUAUAUGAAAUUAGCAGGAUUAAUUAAACAGUUAGCGAUUGAAACAUGUUGGCUACGUACCCCAAGAUCUACACAUAUCUCACAAGCGUUACUAAUACUAUGUAUUUGGCCACUACCAAAUCAGAAGAUAUUAGACGAUUGUUCGUACAGAUUUGUAGGUUUAGCAAAAUCGUUGUCCCUGCAAUUAGGUUUGCACAGAGGUGAAUUUUAUACUGAAUUUACUAGAACACAAACAUUAAUGGCAAAUGCGGAGAAAUGGAGAACUAGGACAUGGUUAGGUAUAUAUUUUGCUGAAAUAUGCUGGGCAAGUAUUAUAGGUUUACCCCCAAAUUCGCAAACUGAUUAUUUAAUCGAGCACGCCAGGGUUGGAGGAGAUCUUGAUGGUGUCGAAACAAAUGAAAAUAAUCAAUCAACUAAUAAUGACAUAUUCAUAUUUCCAAAAUUAUUUAGAAGGUUGAUAUGCUUGGCUCAUUUUCAGAACAAGUUAUACAAUGUUCUAGGAUCAAGUAUCGUAAGUUCAGACGGUUUAAUGGAGCCCAAGGAUAGAGCAGGUGCUUUGACAAUGAUGAAUAGAGAACUUCAAAGGCUCAAUGAAAGAGAAGGUUUUGAAGACCUUAACGCUGUUAAUAUUUAUUACCAAUACGUCAAAUUAACUAUCUGUUGUUUUGCAUUUCUACCGAAGACGCCAACUGAAGAUCAAACUUCUUACGUCACAGAAGCAUAUCUUUCUGCUACUAAAAUUGUAACUCUAUUUUCAAAACUACUGGAAACCCGACAAGUCAUUGAACUUCCAAUAUAUGUGAGACAAAGUGUUACAUAUGCUGCCUUCAUUUUAUUCAAACUUUAUUUGACCCCAUAUUUAUUAACCAAAUAUGUCGACUCGUCUCGUCAAUCAGUUGUGACAGUUUACAGAUUAUAUCGAAAUCAAUUGGCAGAAUGGUCCGCUAAAGUUGAAAAUGAUUUGACCAGAACCACUACUGUUCUAGAUAAGUUGAAUCUGGUUCUCUUAACCCACCCAGAAGUUUUUACCGAAAAGGAGGGUAUAAUUACAAGAAUGAGAUCACAUUUAACAGGAUCCCUAUUUUAUGAUCUAGUAUAUUGUGUACAUGAAGCAAGAAGAAGGGAGACUGAUCCUGAGUAUAAUGAAAAGGCCCAGAAGGCAUUUGAAGCUCAUAAAUUAGAAAAAGGAAUUGUUUCACUAGAUAGAAAAUUGGUACCUCUACCAUUCUAUAACCAAAUUUCGAAAGAAGAUUUUCAAACCAUAACGAAUACGACACCUGGAGGAACUACUAUUACAAAAUUAGUUCCAACAAAAAAUGCAAUUGCAAAAAGCAAUAAAAGCGAUGAUGGAAGUGUCAAUCAAAUUAAUGGUAUACCUUUCUCUAUGUUAAGCGAAACAGGAAGUGUCAAUAUUGAAAAUAUAUUAGGAAGGGAAGCUUCAACUGCUAUUGAUAAUAAACCAACAUUACAAAGAGGUUUUGAUAAUAGUUCUUUAUUUUCAGGUAAUCUGAAUUCAAGUUCCUUCUUGAAUCAAAAGAUAGGUGAAUUAUAUAAUACGACAGGUGUCAAUGGUAUCGAGUUGAAGUCUUCAAGGAAUACAGUGUUAAAGAAUGAAUCAGCAAAAGAGAAGAUGUCCAAUUCAUCCAUGCAAAGGGCAAAUAGUAUUCCCGCUGAUUAUAAUUAUUCUCAAAGCGUUCAAAGUUCGUUAAGUAAACAGUUUAGCAAAGAGAAAGAUCCUUCCAUAUAUGAUUGGAAAGAGCCACUACCGAAUCAUAUGGGAUCUUCAACAACAAUCUCGGGCCAAACUAAAAGACAAAGAUCAAGAUCGAUAUUUGGGAAUCAAAGUAGAGCUUCUAAUAGAAACCAAAAUGAUAUCUCCCCUGUGCCACUUAUCGGUACUGCUUUGAAUAAUGUACACAAUACUAACACUAGCAGUACUGCGAAUACUAACAACAAACUUGCAUCUACCUUAGAUACACAAGGUAUAAACAUUACAAAUAGCGGGACUAAUAUUAACAUGCUUUCAGAAAUUGACAACUUUUUAUUACAACAAAGCAAUGGUUGGAUGGAAAACAGCUCAUUAAAUGAUGAUUUCCUUGGUUGGUUUGACAUGAACAUGGAACCGGGCUUCUAG